GUUGUGUUCUUUUUUUCCCUUUUGAUUGACAGACUCGUCGUCUGCUCUGUGAAUUUACAUUUUGGGACCGUUCAACCUCUGAUUUCUUACAGAAGACGUAACAAAAUAUUGGCGACAGAUUGUACACCUGUCGUUAUGUCUAUAAAUCAACCCAGGCCACCCAGGCAACCCAGGUCCCGGAGCCGACGCAAGGCGCACCCUCCAGGACCGGACCCAACCGAAGCCGACAGGGAAGAUGAGGAGGGAACCGUGAAGAAAUCUCCAAGCCGACGCAAGAAAGCGGGUCUGCACAAGAAUAAAAAUGGCAAUCUAAAAGAGAAAUCAGGAAAGAAGACCAGAAAAAGAACUGUGCAUGAUGACACAGAUGAUGAUGAGGAGGACGAGGUGGAUUUGAACAUUGAUGAAGACAAUGAUGAUGAUGAUGAUGAUGACGUGCAGGUAGUUGUUGAUGAUGAUUAUGAAGAAGAGGCAUUAAGAUGGUUCUUGAUAAGCCUUAGCUAUGUAGUAGGAGUCACUCUAGCUCUGCUGUUGGGGUUCGCCUACUAUACCUGCAUCUACACAAUACAUGAAAAUCAUCUCUGGUUUAGCAGCAUAAUGGAGGUGGAGCGAGAGAUUUCCUUCCGAACAGAGUCCGGGUUGUACUAUUCCUACUUCAAGCAGUUUGUCAAUGCACCAACAAUAUCACAAGGUUUUUAUGAAAUCACAAACGAUAACACAACAGAAAAUUGGAGGACCAUCAAUGUACUUCAAAGAUUCAACAUUUAUCAAGAGAUCUUUCUUGCACUGGUGUACAGAAUAUUUCCUUUUAAUCAGAGUUCAUAUUUACCCAUCUUUUUUUACAUCAAGUCUGUGUUUGCUCUCCAUGGAGUCUACUUCACGACUAUCUUUGCCAUGGCAUGGCUUCUCAGUAACUCCUGGCUCUCUGGGUUACUGGCAUGUACUUUCUUCAUCGCUAACAAGGGGAAUGCAACAAGAGUUGACUACACAAUACCUCUGAGAGAAAGCUUUUCUUUGCCAUUCCUUUACAUGCAGAUGGCAGUCAUUACAUAUUACCUCAGACCCACAGUUAUUCAUAAACAGAUGGUAUGUCUUGGCUUGAUCGCUGCCACCACGUUUCUGUUUGUGUUGACAUGGCAGUUUGCUCAGUUCAUCCUGCUACUACAAGCCAUGGCUCUGUAUCUAGGAGCAAUUACCGGAGUCAUACCCAUCAAAAAGGUCAAAUACCUCUUCAAUAUUUGUGUGGCAUCCAUCCUAGCAGUAUUUAUCUUGCAGUUCUUCAACAAGAUGUUACUAGGUUCUCUUGCACUCAGCUUUGUGGUCAUGGCACUCAUAGACUUCAGGUUGCAAGCUGAGAGACUGGCGGUUACAAGCAUCUCAGGUCAACUCCUCAAAUUGAUUGCAAGAUUGGUCUUCACAUGUGCAGGAAUGUUUAUCCUCAACUUUGCAAUUAAGAUCCUAAUUGGCCUAGAUGCGGAUCAGCAUAUUUUCAAGUUCAUCACUGCCAAAUUUGGACUUGCUAAUGCUAGAGAUUUUGAUGUUUUGCUGUACAAGUGCCACAGUGCCUUUGCUUUCUUGCCCAUCCAUGUAAUAAGAGACAUGACAUCGACCCUUCUCUUCCCGCUCUACACGGCCGUCGUCUUCGGCUUGCUCUCCGUCCUCGUCCUAGCAGUUGUACAAAACUGGAACCUGGAAUCUGAGAUGUCGGCGAGCAAGAAAGAUGAUGACAUCCACAGACCUACCACCUCCUCCUCCACACCACCUCCUUCACCUGAUACCACCAUCCUCUUUAGACCGGACCUUGCUUUCCACACCCUACAGACAAUCCUCUUUGGUCUCAUGGCCUUCGCCGUGGUCCGCAUGAAGUUCGUGUGGACCCCGCAGAUGUGCGUCCUGGCGGCGUUCGGUGUCGGCAACGCAUCGAUAUGGAGAUUGUUGCUAGGGAAGGCUGGAUGCAAGUCAGAAACAGUGGUUCAAUGUGUACGUCAUGGUGUUGGGGUAUUCAUCAUUGCAGUUGCCAUCUACUUGUGUUAUCCAGAGAUAUCAGCAGAGCUGAAUAACCUCAGGGAAUUCUAUGAUCCGGAUACAGUAGAGCUGAUGAACUGGAUCAGUCAGCAGACACCAAAGACAGCUGUAUUUAGCGGGAGCAUGCAGCUACUAGCUGGAGUCAAGCUGUGUACAGGCAGGAGAUUGACCAAUCAUCCUCACUACGAGGAUAAACAGCUCAGAGAUAAGACAUUAGAGCUGUAUCAGUAUUACGCCCGGCGGUGUGCUCAAGAUGUGUAUGACAUCCACAAUGCGACGGGGACUGAUUAUAUCAUCCUGGAAGACAGUAUCUGCUACGCAAGAUCUUCUGAAGUAGGCUGCAGACUCCCUGACAUACUGGACAUCAUGAAUGGACAUUUGUACAGUGAGGCCAACCCAGCCCUGGAACCGGACCUGAGGAUCGUCAAGACCAGGCGCUUCUGCGAUGCCAUCCAGAACGGAGGCCAGGACUUCAUGCGACUGUUCAAGAUGGUCUUCCAGAACAGGACCUUCAGAGUUUAUCAGGUCCUAGCACAAAGUCAAGGAGGCUGAUUAUACACCAAAGUCUGAUUUCUUCUUAUUUUACUAUUUAUUCAAAAAUAAUAAUAUUUAGCCCUCCACAUGCUACUUUACUGGAUAAAAUCAAAAUAACACAGAAAUGAGUAUAAGGUUACACAUGUUUGACUCACUUGGUUACAAGGUGGUUCUCUCAUUUAUUUAUACAAAUAAGAAUUGAAUUGACUGCCACUCACUAAAUAACAAAUUUUCUGUACAUACCAGAAGAAUUAUAAAUAUAUCUUUCAAUAUUAUAAUAUUAAACAUUUUGUUUGUGUCAUUACACCAAAUACAGGAACCCUAUUGCUGUUACUAUUAUUUAUUGAUCCAUUGUGUACUUGUUUUUAUUCUAUACAUCAUAAUCAUUAUGCUAUUAACAAAACAUUUGUUGUCAUUUAGUUUAAAGGAGGAGGGUCGUCAGUUACUGUGUGCAGAAGGUCAUUUUUCGCUGACACCAGAUUUGAUGGAAAUAC